AUGAACGUCGAACGCUGCAUCUCUCUCCACAACGAAAUCGUACGACAUGGCUGGGUCGGCUCAGACCGGUCCCCAGAUACACUCGCGUCGCACAGCAAAUCUUGGUUCCAAGUAUUCGGCGAGGAAGCCGAAGUCGAACGGUCUGCACUUUCACCCGACCUAGUCCAAUUCCUCGAGCAAGUCCAGAUUCCGCGCGUAGAAGAAGAAGGAUUCUACCCUGAGUUCUUUUACUGGGUUCAGGGCCUGUCUCAUCCCGAGUACAUGUUUGAGUUUGAAGAUAUGUUGUGGGAUUACGACUACAAGAAUGACAAGGAGGAGGAGGGGAAUGGUGAGGAGGAGGAGGAGGGAUGGAGGAAGUAUGUUAUAUCGAGUAAAGAGGCAUCUGGUAGCGAUUGGGAACUGGUGUAG